GGAAUGCCAGUAUAGCAGCAAACAAGCCUUCAGCACAACACACACGUGUACACAUGGCCCUGGAAGAGCCACACCGGACCUGGGGAAAGGUCACCACUGUAUUUGCAACCAAGCUCAAGUCUUUCACCUUUGUGCCACUUCUGAAAAGACUGCCCGUGGAGAACAGGAUCUGGAAAAAGGUUCUUCAGGCUGGCAGAGCAAACCAGACUUCCCGAGAGCCAGGGGACUUUGAGAAGAGCAUGGCGGAGGAGGGUGUCUACAAGGCUGAGGUUAUUUACAUCCAAGAGAACAACACUAAAAGUGAGAUUCAGUCAACUGACACUUUAACCCUUAACCCCCCCUCCACCCUAGUUGGUUCUCCCGCAGAAUUGGGUAGCAUAACCCCUGCCAUGGAAACCAGCGUCAACAAACACCAUCUAGGAUUUCACAACAGUGCCGAGGUCAGCUCAGGUCUGUGUUUAAAUAGCUCGUCCCGGAGAGACGAGGUCCUUAGCCCUGCCGGCUCCCUGGAUUUCCUCACAUCCUCCAAGGAGUCGAUUCUCUCCGAGGGCUGGGACAAGGACAGGAGCUGGUUCUCACGACACGGUUCUCCGGGUCCUUUUAGCGGCACGGUUUCCCCGUGUUCCUCCGUGAGAUCGGGGACUUUCACCCCCUCCGUGGUGAGAAUCAAGCGGCUUUCUUUGGCUCCGGGCUCCAGUUUGCUGGAGAUGUCGUCUGUUUGCGGGACACCCUGUGACAGUCGGACGACCUCGCCCUGUCCUCUUUCGCCCCGCGCCCGGCACCGAACUCCCCCGACACAACUCUCCCUGCUCACGGCGAUCCUCAGGAAAGGCCGUCUACCCGUCCUGUCCUCUUCUUCGCAAAGACCGUACACUCCCUGCUGGCCCAUCAGUCCCGUUAACAUGUCGUCCUGUUUAGCGUGCUCGGCCGCCUCGUCUGUCGCACCCAUGAACGUGUCCAAAGCCAAGUCUUGUACCUCCAUAGACACAAAGUCUUUCCAGAUUUCAAAGCCACAGAUUUGGAAACGAGAGCUGGUUGAGGCACCUGACGAAUCCCCACUCAUCAAACCCCCAGAAAGACCUACAAAUCACAUCUCUUCGCCAAGCUUACCGGCAGUCCAGUCCAAUGCUCACCUGUCUAAAUCAAGUCCCAAGGGGAUUCGUUUGCCGACUGUUCCUAGCGCUCUUUUGUGUGGCUCCGACUCCGGCAUGAGAUCUCCCACACCAAGAUAUCUGUCAAGUUCCCGCAACGAGAACCAUAAAAACCCACCAGUGUCAGCAGAAUGUCUUGUAUCUAUAGAUCCAAAUAAGUCAGGCGAAUCAUUAACACAUAACGAUGACACGAAACCCCAUGGUAAGCCAGAAAAAUAUUCAUUCCCACUGAAAUCUGAGCUCUCCAAUGAACCACAUGUGAAACACAUAGGACGUUCAUCUGACCAUUUCGACUCCUUGGUACCAAAGUAUACUCUGAGUUCAUGUACAUCUCCUGCUCUGUCACACAUCAAUUCCAUAUCUCCAGUUUUAAGCCACAAAGAGAAUACUGCUUGCAUAAAUGAUGUGGAAAGAGUGCAGCCAUCAUCCCCGGCUUUUAGGCUGUCUCCCAUGGGUCUCGCCCGCCGGCCCUACACACCUCCAGUCUCUCCGGCUUGUCCCCCCGUCCACCCAAGCUCCCGGUCCUCCACCCCAGAUCGCUGCACCCGUCAGCUUUCCCCCUCUCCCUCAUACUCUUUCUGUUCAUCCCCCUCUCCAUCCCAAUGGGGAAGCACACCAGACUGCGCAGAUGGGGACUGUAAAAACAGAAAGACACACAGGAUCAAAUCCACCUACAAGGCGCUCGCUGCGAUUCCUACAAAUACUCUGCUCCUGGAACAGCAGGCUAUCGAUGAAGAUGUCAACAAGAAAGAGGCGUCGCUCAACCCUGCAGACAACUAUUCUUGGGAGGACCCACAUGAAGAGAUGUGCUCUCCUGCGCAGCUCCGUCAGCAGACCGCAGACCUGUACGCCACUAUUGAUGAAGUCCUCGAGGACUCAAUCCAGAAACAUCAGUCAGAUGUGAACAGAGCCACUCUGCAGUCUCUGGCAGUGGAGACAUCAAGGACAUCAUCACCAUCCCCAAAACUAUUGGGACGGGAAACAAGAUAUGCCUGCUCUCCUUUCCAACCCUUUGUAACGACUGAAAAAACACUGACAAAGCCUGGAGUUAUUAGACCAGUGACUGCAGCAUCCAGAGUUACAGAUGAUAAACAUGAUGAGGAAUUCCACCCAAAUCCAUUCAAGAACCGUCAAGAGAACAAAUCCAGUCGAUACCAGUACAAGUUCGCCAGCGGCGGUGAACCAGAAGGUGGAGGAGCGUCCGGAGACUGCAAGACCAGACUGACAUCUCUGAUCACGCAGACCAGGAUCUCCACACAAGAUCCUCCCGCCUCCAUCAACACCCAGGAGACACACAUAUGAUGCCUGAUCUGACUGGAACUGUGACCACAUCAAAAUGGUUGUUCAAUGCAACACAUUAUUCAAUCCAAAGUGCACAAAAGCAUUGAGAUGAAUUGUCCCUUCAUGGUGGAAAAUUUAAAUAAAAAGGCAAUUUGAUAUCAUUGACAAAACGCCAA